CUUGGCGCUUCACAACAGUACUUCUAUAUUGCGUAAUAGAUAAACGUUAUAAUUUAUAAAACACUCAGUUGUUAAGUGCGCGGCCAAUCGUCCAGUACGCGGUCGGAUCGGGAGUUAAAUAAUAAAAUGAAUAAAUGGACUUUAAUAAUAUUUGGCUUAGUAUUUCUAAGCCAUGUUUGUGCAUACAAAAUACUCGUGGCAUUUCCCUACCCAGGAAGAAGUCACUCCAUAUUAGGCGAAGGAUAUGUCAGACAUUUAUUGGAAGCUGGUCAUGAGGUGACAUACGUUACUGCGCAUGCUUACAAAAAGCCUCACCCUAAUCUUCGUCAAGUUGUGGUGGCGUCGGUAAUCGACAAAUUCGAAUUUGCACAGUCAUUAGAUUUCAAGAAGAUGUUGACAAAAGAGGCAGAUUUCAAGGACAUGUUUGCGAUGUACGAAAUCAUGGCAGUAAUUGCAAACAGGUCGCUUACACAUGAUAAUGUACAGAAAUUCUUGAUGGACCCUAAUGAGAAAUUCGAUUUAGUUAUCGCUGAAUGGCUGUAUCAUCACUUGUAUGCUGGAUUUGCAGCUAUAUUCAACUGUCCGUACAUAUGGUCGUCUUCAAUGGAACCUCAUCCAGUUGUCCUGGAUUUGAUUGAUGAGGUUGGCAACCCGGCUUAUUUCCCCGAUCACAUGUCACCGGUCUCGCCACCGCUUACUUUCACAGAGCGUGUCAGUGAGCUUUGGUACCUAAUCUAUCUAUACAGAGUUCUAUGGUUCGUACGAGAUAUGGAAGAAAAGGCAUUCAGAGAUUCCUUUGGCCCUGCUGCAGCAAAAAGAGGAAUUACCUUACCGACUUUGUACGACCUUAAGUACAAUAGUUCUAUGAUGUUAGCUAAUUCCCAUUAUUCAUUGGGUGAUCCGCAGAGGUUGCCGGCAAGUUAUGCUGCUAUUGGAGGAUAUCAUAUUGAGGAUGAGAUCCCACCAUUGCCAAAGGACUUACAAAAGAUUAUGGACAGUGCCACUGAUGGAGUUAUUCUCUUCAGCAUGGGUUCUAUGAUGAGAAGUGAAACCUUGCCAAUAGAAAUCCAAAGAGAGUUAUUGGAUGUAUUCUCAAAAUUAAAACAAACAGUUAUUUGGAAGUUUGAUGGAAGUCUGGAAAAUGUGCCAAAGAAUGUACACAUGGUAAAAUGGGCUCCACAACCAAGUAUUUUAGCCCAUCCGAACGCCAAAAUCUUUGUCACCCACGGCGGUCUUCUGUCAACAACGGAAACCAUACACUAUGGAGUUCCUAUUAUUGGCAUACCGUUAUUUGCUGACCAAUUCCUAAACGUAAAAAGGGCAAUUCGUAAAGGUUUUGCCUUGGAAGUAAACCUAGGAUAUGAUAUGGCAGCAAAAUUGCAAGAUGCUAUCCAAGAAAUGUUGUCAAACCCUCAAUAUAGAGAAAAGGUUAAGGAAUUGUCCUUUAUUUACCACCAUCGGGAGACAAAACCUGGUAAAACCCUUGUACAUUGGGUUGAGCAUGUAAUAGAAACAAAUGGUGCUCCUCAUCUGCGUUCACCAGCUCUUCACGUCCCAGUGUAUCAAAAACUCUAUUUAGACCUUUUAGCUUUAAUUGUACUAGGGCUUUUAGUUGUAAAGAGAAUAUUCAAGCCAUUAUUUAGUUCUAAAAAUGAAAAUAAGAAGAAAGGCGAAUAUAAAAAGAAUAAGAAAAAUUGAUGAGAAAUUCGCUUUUGAAGAAGUAGAUUAUCUAGGGGCAAAUGGACGUAUGAAGAGUACU